AUGAAGUUUUGCAGCUUAUUUUCUAAGAAUCUAAGGAAAUUGCUAUUGUCUAUUGACCUGUUUGGAUCACAAAUUAACUUAUAAAUCAAAAAGGAAAACGAAUAUCACACAUUAUUCGGAGUGCUGAUGAGCAUAGGAAUUUUAGCUUUCAUCUAUUAUUCCUUUCUAUCCCUAGUGAUUGAUAUGGUGGAACGUAAGAAUCCAAAUGUUAUUUAGAAUCUUCAAUAUAAAUCUAAUCCUGAAGAAUACAAAUUAGAAUAAGAUUCAUUCAUCUUCUAUUUGGUGCUGACUGAUAUGUAUGGAACUCCCAUACCUUAGAAAACGGGUUAGUAAGUUUAUACGGCUAAAAUGUUAGCCUGCUCAAGAAUUACUGAUGAAAAGAACUAAAUUAAUAAUAAGUGUGAUAAUUAUACCCUUAAAUCAUGUUCAACUGUGUAAAUAAAUAGUUAAAUACAAAAAAAAUUAAAUAUUUCAGCAGCCAUAUUAGAUGCAAGCCUCUGCUUUGAUCCUCAAGAGUGGAAUUAAACAACUUUAUCAUUGCAAGGUACACCUCAAACCCCAGUAUUUAAAAGUUUGCAAUUUAAAAUAGAAAAAUGCAAUAAUGCAACGUCUGGAGGAUAAUGUGCAUCUCAAAAAUACAUUGAUCAACAGCUCUAUCAAGGAAAUUUAGGAUUUUUUAUUUCGGAUUCUGUGUUGAAUUAAUAGAAAGCCCAUAAUCCUUUUUCCUUAGUGUCUAAAUUAAUAAAAACACCAAUAUCGAUACUUUCAUACAAGGCGUAAACUUUAGAGGUGAGAAAAUCAAAAUUUUAUAAUAAAGAAAAUUUUUUUUAUUAUUUCUAGAGCGAAGAGUAAUACAAUGCUCUAUUAUUUGAAAGAUCUUCUGAGUAAGUUUUCAAUAUUUAGAAAAAUGAAUUGAUUGAUGUCUUUCUCUAUCUAGAUGACAGAGAGGCUUUAUAUUAUAGAACUUACAAUAAUAUUUUAGACAUUCUGGGCUAGAUGGGAGGACUAUUGGAAUUAAUAUUAUUUGUGGCAGGUGUUGUAGUCAAACCGAUUAAUAAACUCUCAUGUGAUUUGUUUUUAGCAUCAGAAAUAUUUCAUUUUGAAAAAUCAUCUAAUUAAACACAAGUCCAUCCUUAAGUUAAUGCAUUAGGAUAGAGUGAAGGACUUAUUGAUCAAAAUUAAUUGGCUUAAUUGAAAAAAUACUUUAAAUUGAAAGCACAAUAAAUCAAGUUAUUUAUUCAUCAAUAUAUAUUCACCUGCGGUUAAGAUAGAAAAUUGAUCUAAUAAAGUAUAGAAUCAAUUUAUAAUUAAAUUGAUAUUAUCUUUAUUAUCAACAAACUAAUUGAAAUUGAUAAGUUGAAGAAAAUACUUUUAAAUGAUGAUUAGUAAAUAUUGUUUAAUUAUAUACAUAAACCAAAAAUUUAAUUAGGAAUAAGAGAAAAAAUGAAAGCGAGCAUUAAUCAAAACUGUUAUGAUACAAAAUAACUAUCUUUUGAGGAAGAAAUAUUAUAAGCAUUCAAUUCUUACAAUAUGAUUAAAGAAAGCAAUCAUAAAAAGUAGAAAAAAUCUAUUGGAUAGAGAUGUUAAACUGAUAUUCGAAACAAGUGA